CUCAAGUAAUUGUAUAUUGCAUCUUGCAUCUCCUUCUUAAACAGGCAGCAGAGCUACAAAUUGAAGCUUACCCAUUAUUGGAUGAGUUAACAUCAAAGCUCAGCACUUUAAACUUGGAAAGGGUUCGUAAAUUGAAAAGCAGACUUGUGGCAUUGACUAGAAGAGUUCAAAAGGUUAGGGAUGAGAUUGAACAAUUGAUGGACGAUGACGGUGACAUGGCUGAAAUGUACCUUACUGAAAAGAAGAAGCGAAUAGAAUCAUCAUCGCCAUUCUGCGUACAGCAAUCUGUACUAGGAUUCAAUUCUAAUGGAGUAUCUGCUUCUGCCCCUGUUUCUCCUGUUGCUUCUCCACCUAACCCCCGAAAGCUCGAGGCAAAUAUGAGCUUCUCUAGGAGUAGGCAUGAGAGUAGUGUAAAGAGCUCUGAGACCUCCAUGGAGAACAUAGACGAGUUGGAGAUGUUGUUGGAAGCUUAUUUUGUGGUCAUUGAUAGCACUCUUAACAAGUUGACAACGAUGAAGGAGUACAUCGAUGACACAGAAGAUUUCAUUAACAUUCAGCUGGAUAACGUCCGAAACCAGUUGAUUCAAUUUGAGCUGCUACUAACGACCGCUACAUUUGUUGUUGCGAUCUUCGGAGUGGUUGCCGGAGUCUUCGGUAUGAACUUUGCCGUACCACUGUUUGAUGAGCCAGAAGCUUUUGAAUGGGUGCUCAUAAUUACCGCAGCCUGCUGUGUACUCAUCUUCUGUGCCUUCCUUCUCUUCUUCAAGUACAAAAGACUAAUGCCUUUGUAGAUGGUCGAACUGCGACUAUGGAGAUGGAAACCGAGGUCGCGUUUCUACAUGUUGUGCAUUAAGAACUAUUGAUAUUAAUACUACGUACGGUUCAUCAAAUAAUGUGUGUACAUAUAUCAUUCUUUUGAGUUUGCAGCUAAGCUGCUGCAACUCUCUGUAGGAAGAUGAUUACUCUGAUGCAGAGGAGUAGACUGUGUACUUCAUUUCAACAAAUUCUUUGUUGAUUGCUGUGUUAUGAAUCGAUAUUAUGGCUUCACUGCUUUUCUUUCGAUCGUUAAUAAAAAUUUACAUGAAUACUUCACCUCAGAUGGGUUUUUUUUAGUACGGCAACCAAACGAAGCCGCAGCUAGGUUUAACAACCCCAGGGACAAGCUUACAGGGCUGAGAUGAGGCCUAAACGGGCCGAGGCCCAACAAAACCAGGUUCUGUAGUCGGGCCUGCAUGGGCCUCCAUUAGACACGUCCAGCUAUACCUACGCGUCAACCGCUUAGGCCCUCACCGCCGUGCAUGCUCGAACAUCCCUAAUCACCGCGACACAAAAAAAA